AAUAUUACAGUCAUGUGACAUUUGUCUAAUAGGUUUUGAUCCAUCAAUCAUUCACAAUGAGCUCGAAACAACUCAAAAUCUCUGACAGGGAUAUACUAAGUUCCCUUACAUCUGGGAAAGUCACAGAAGAAGAAAAUCCUAGAUUUGAAAAAAAUAUAAUAUUGAGCUCAGAUGUACAACUUUGCCAAAAUGUCGAUGCCGAUGACUCCAUUGUUGAUGAAGUUGUGCAUUAUUUAUCACCCGCAUCGAUGUCGGUUAUAUCGGACAAAACAGCAACGCAAGAAGAAUAUUAUGGUGCAUAUGACUAUGCAUCUCCCACAUUUAUGCAGCAGUUGCAUGAAUAUGGACUCCACACCAUUGCAUCGUAUACUGCAAGCACAUCGUUUGUACCAUCCGAACUUCAGAGAACUUUGGCCAUAGUUAAACCCGAGGCAAUACACUACCAAGAUGUCAUUCUGAGAGCAAUUGAAUAUGCUGGUAUAAAAAUCAUACACAAAAGACGUAUUCAUCUAACUCCUGAACAGGUAUCCGAAAUUUACUCACAACAUUAUGGAAGCCCAAGCUUUCCACAUAUGGUUAUAAAAAUGAGCGUUGGGCCAAUAUUAUCUCUUUGCUUAGGUGGUCUUGAUGUUAUCGACAAAUGGAAAAAUAUGAUAGGGAAUAACAACGCUAUUAGUUCAGAAUGGUUUUAUCCUAUUAGCAUGAGGAAGCGAUUCGGAUUGCAGAGAAACAUUCCGGAUUCUUUACAUGCGUCGGAAAAUUUGCCCGCUGCACUUAAAGAAAAUAGAUAUUUUAAUCCCGACAGUGUUAUUGAGCCGUUAAUAUGCGAGGAAGGAAAUGUAACUGACUAUUGUAACUUGUAUGUGAAUCCCACGUUAUUAAAAGGAUUGAGUGAAACGGUUCGUGUUAAACCUGCAGAUCCCAUAUGUUAUUUAGCAAAUUGGUUGUUGAAAAAUAAUCCCUUCCAACCACAAUACCCUGAAGCAAUAGCAAUAUUACCAACUUAAUAAAAUGCUUUAAUAUUGUUAUCGACGCUUUUUUAA